AUGGUACCUUUGAUAACUAUUCUAUUGUCUGUCAUUCUUUUUAUUUGCAGGAACCUGAGUACAAACUUGAUAGAUUAUAUACAGCCUGGUGCCUUUAGACAACUUACCAACAUAACAAUUAUAGAUUUACAUGGUAAUAAAUUUGAAGUUUUCAACACUGAAGCUUUAAUUGAUCUGGAGAACUUGGUUGAAUUAAGACUACACACACAAGAUCCACCCAUGACGACGAUACUGUUUAAUUCCAUGAUUAACAUUGGUAAAUCCCUGAAAAAUUUAUUCAUCAGUGACAAUGCCCUGACACAUUUGCCACACCAAGUGUUUACAGAGGGAGAGUUUCCAUUACUUACCGAUCUACAUGCUGAUCAUAAUAGCAUAACGAAUAUAACAGAUUUGGACGAGAAAGGGUAUGGUGUAACACUUCGUUCAACAUUCCUUCAGCGACAGAAAAAUCUUAUUCCAUUUGGAAAUACAACUAAUAUUAGAACAAUGUAUCUGGAGUACAAUAGGAUUGAGCAAAUCUAUGACUCUGACUUAUGUGAACUUGUAAAUUUGCAAACUUUAUAUCUACAAACUAACAGACUAAAUGAAAAUAAUAUUGAGGAGAAUGCUUUCAAAUGCUUGCCAAGUCUGCUAUACCUAGACCUUGGUGGUAAUUAUCAAAUGCAGUAUGUUCCUGUCGCAGUCACAACACAAGAAAAACUGCCUGCCAUUCAAACAUUGGGACUGUAUGGAACACAAAUCACAUUUAUAGAAGCAGAAACAUUUUCAAAUAUAUCAACACUUCUUAACUUAAAGAUGCAAACCAACAGGAUUGUUGCUAUUGAAAACAACGCAUUUCCUUUACGUCUUAGAACUCUUGAUCUGUCUGGAAACAGUUUCCGGUUUAUUCACGAGAAUCAGUUCACGUUCUUGUCAGAUUUAUCCAACCUGAAACUCCGGAACAAUGAGAUCGAUUAUCUACCAGAUGAAGUCUUUACCAACUGCGUUAACCUAACAACAUUGUAUCUUAAUGGAAAUAAAAUUCCACAGCUAAAAAAAGUACACUUUCAGAAUUGUCCGUUAACGGGACAGGUACUCUUAAAUGAUAAUCAUAUUGGUUGGAUUGAGGAUGGAACGUUUACUCACAUUUCCGACAUGGUUUACUUAUUGCUAUCAGACAAUAGAUUGUAUUGGCUCCCAAAUGCAGGCGACUUCAAUUCCUUAACCAUUUCAACUGCGUACAAGCUUUCUUUUAGUGAUAAUAGAAUAAGCUUCAUUCCACCUGGUGUCUUCAUGAACUUAUCUACAGGAUACUUGGAUCUACAAAAUAAUAGAAUUUCAUCUAUAGGCAGCAAUGCUUUCGAAUCUGUAUCUGUAACGUAUUCGUUGACACUGACGGGAAACCAAAUACGUGAAAUUCAAAGCAACGCUUUUACAAAUGUGGCUUGUGAUAUUUUUGCAAUGAAUGACAUGUACAUAGAGACACUGCAGUCGUUUGCUUUCAAUUCUUUCUCUGCCAACGAAGUUGACCUACAGAAUAAUCAAAUAUCAGAUAUUAAGCAGAAUGCGUUCAAUGAUUUCAAAGUUACCGGUCCAAAGGGAAACCUUUUUCUAAAUCAUAACAACUUGACAGCUUUAGAGACAUCCACAUUUGGAGGUACUUCGGAAGUUACUAAUUUAUAUCUGAAUGAUAAUGGAAUGACAACAGUAGCUGCUAAUGCCUUUCGGAAUCUUACUGUUUCUUCUGUCUACCUCUUCAACAACAAGCUGACAUCAUACCCUGUUGCACUUAGUGAGGUUAAACCAGUAGUAAUACACUUAUACAGUAACCUCAUCAGUCAGAUACCAACAGGAUCAUUAUCGGGGCAGACUCAGUUACGAGUGUUUUACAUCUACAAUAACUCACUAACAACAAUAACAUCUGACUUGUUUAAAGCUGCAACUGGUUUACAACAAAUAGACAUGCAUGAUAACAAGAUACAAAAGAUAGACGAAGGUUCUUUUACAGGGCUUAACAACUUACAAAUAUUAGACUUGAGUGACAAUGAAAUUCCGUAUUUCCCGGCUAUUACUGAUCUAUCGCAGCUUCGAACAUUGAAUCUUCGUAACAAUCUGAUACAGACUUUAGGUGGGAUAUUUACACCAAAUAAGAUAAUUACAUUGUUAGUAUGA